AUGUGUCUUAACAAAGGUUUACACGAAGAAGAUUCUGACAAUGAUGAGGAUGACCCUUGCCUUAUCCUUCAGCUUAUUUCUCUUCAGGUUCAAUAUUCUCACAAUCUCCCUUACAUCAGAAAAUAUCUUUUAUUUCAUAGAGCUCGUUAUGAGCCCUUUAUUAACACUCCUUUUUGGAAUACUUUAUCAUCAUUUACUCAGAAAUUUAUUUCUGAUGUAUAUGCUAAAAAAAAGGAUAUUCAGUUUACUUCCUAUGAAAGAUCGACCUCUGAUUAUCCUAUUACACCAAUCAGUUCAUCUACGGAUCUUUUUGUUGAUAACUCAUUUAAGAGUCUCGUUCCUGCUGAUCUGAAUUCCCAUAAUGUAGAUUAUUUGGAUAGUUCCCUUGAAAAUAUGGGUUCUUCAGAUAUUUUUUUUGGUGAUAUUAUUUAUACAUGCCACCCAAAUUAUUUUGGACUGCCGUAA